AUGCGCUGCCUGACGGACCGCUUCCAUGCAACCUGCCAGGCUGCACAGGUCGCGCUGGCCGCGGCCGGCGGCGACGAUGAUGGGGCCAGCGUGGGCAUGGGCAUCACCCUGCGGGCGGCAUGGGGCGGCGGCGCUGCCGCGCUAGCGUCGUACGCCCUCCCCGACGUGCCGGCGGCGACGUCCCCCCGCGCCGGCUCGCCCCACCCGCCCCUCGCCGCCGCUGCCGCCGCCGCAGCCGCAGCUGCAGCCGCAGCCCCGCCCUGCACCCGCAAGGCCGAGGGCCUCGGCCAACCCUGCGACGCCACUGCGGCCGUGGCGGCGGCGGCGGCGGCGGGGUACGCUGACGUCAGCGACGGCCUCGUCGACCUCAUUGGCGUCGGUCACCUGGGUGACAUACGCCGCGCAGGUGACACCGGCCAGCGGCCCGCCCGCAGCUGCUCCUCUCUCGCCAGCGAUUGCAGCGGCCUUGCCAAGGCUGCGCUCGCGCCGGCGGGCAGCAGCGUCGCAAGCAGCACCUUCGGCGGCGGCGCGGGCGGCGGCGGCGGCGGCGCGGCGAUCGAGGCGCAGGGGUCUGCACUUUCGGUGUGCAGCACAGGCCUGGCGGAUCACGACCUGGCGUCAUCGGCCUCCAUCAAUGGCGAGGAGCGCUCUGCCGAGGAGGAGCCGUCCGAGGGGUCCAGCUUCGCCACCGCGGACGCGUCGUCCGAGGUUGCGGGCCCGACGUCCUCGGACUCGACCUCGGCCGCCGGGGACGACCCCGACGGCCCGGCGGCGGGCGCGGCGGCGGCCGCGGCCGCGGGAGCGGCGGAGGGGGCGGUUGGGGCAGCGCUGGCCGCGCUGGCGGGGCACGCGGAGGCGCUGGCGAAGGCGGCGUCCGCGGUCGGAGCGCCCCCCGUGUCGCUGAAGCCCGCAGGCUAUCCUGCGCCCGGCGCCACGCCGUCGGUUUCGGAGGCCGACCCCGGCUGGCCGGGCUCCCGCGCCGCCGCACCUGCGCCCGCGCCCGCCGCCUGGCCGUCUUCGCCCAGCAAAGCGCGGCUGCUCGCGCAGCUGCAGCGGCGCCAGCGCCAGCGCCAGCAGGAGGAGGAGGAGGCGAUGGCGUGCGGCGGCAGCGGCGGCGGCGGCGGCGCCUGCUGCGCCGCCGGUGGGCAGGAGGCGCGGGCGGCGGCAGGGUGGGGUGCGCCGGCGGCGCCGCCGGGGCGGGCGCGGCGCGGGCUUGUUCUCGUGUCUGCAGCCGCUAUGAUCCCUCACGUUGCCAAGGCCAGCACCGGGGGCGAGGACGCGUACUACAUAAGCGAGGCCGGCCACGGAUCGCUCGCGGUCAGCGACGGCGUCAGCGCCUGGGCUGAUGACGGCGUCGACCCGGGGGACUACUCGCGCACCCUGGUGCAGAACCUGCGAGAGGCAAUGGAGGCGAUCCACCCGUCAGACCCGGCUGCGUUUGAGGGGCGUGAGGUCCUGAGGCGCGCCCAGAUGGCAACGCUCAAACCCGGCUCCGCCACGGUCGUGCUCGCCGCGCUGCGCCCGCGCGGGUGCGGCUCGCGCGGCUGCGGCCCCCGUGGCGACGACGCGGGCGGGGAGGCGUGCGGGGACGGGAGCUGCUGCUGCGACGGGGGCGGCGGCGGCUGCAGCGGCGGCGAUGCUGGGAACGCCGUCAGAGGGGGCGGCGGCGGCCGCAUCGGUGAUGGGGUCGGGGGCGAGGGCGUGUUUGAGCUCCACAUCAGCAACCUGGGUGACUGCGGCGUGCGCGUCGUGCGUCAGGGACGAGUCAUCCUGGCGACUCAGCCUCAGCAGCAUGACUUCAACCUGCCCUUCCAGCUCAGCCACCCGCGGCUGUUCCCAGAGACGGAUAGCGCUGACAGCGCGGACCGUUAUGUAAUCGAGGUCCGCGACGGCGACGUCCGCAAGUUGACGAUGCGCAGUCCGGCCAGCUUCACGCCCGCCCGCGGCGCCGCGCGGGGUCCUCCCAACUGGCUCUGA